AUGGCCACCACCGCCGCCGGCAGCGCCGCCGGCGACAAUAAUGCCGAGCUUCCGCCGCCGCCGCCGCCGUCGGCAAGUGACAAGACGGGUUUCCUCAAGACAUGCUUCAAUGGAGUCAAUGCUCUCUCAGGGAUCGGGCUGCUGUCCAUCCCCUACGCGGUGUCGCAGGGCGGCUGGUCCAGCCUGGCCAUCUUCCUCGCCAUCGCCGCCAUCUGCUGCUACACGGGCAUCCUCCUGCAGCGCUGCAUGGACGCCAGCCCGCUCGUGGCCACCUACCCGGACGUCGGCGCGCUGGCGUUCGGCCGCCGGGGCCGCCUCGCCGUCGCCGCCUUCAUGUACCUCGAGCUCUACCUCGUCGCCGUCGACUUCCUCAUCCUCGAGGGCGACAACCUGCACAAGCUGUUCCCGGCCGCGGCGGGCUUCCGCCUCGGCGGCCUCCGGGUCGGCGCCAAGCAGGGGUUCGUGCUCGCCGCCACGCUCGCCGUGCUGCCGACCACGUGGUUCAGCAGCCUCGGCGUGCUCGCGUACGUUGCCGCCGCCGGCGCGCUCGCGUCCGCCGUCCUCAUCGCUGCCGUUGUGUGGGUCGCCGCGGUCGAUGGCGUCGGGUUCCGCGAGCGGGGCAGGCUCGUGCGCUGGGCCGGCAUGCCCAGCGCCGUCAGCCUCUACUCCUUCUGCUUCAGCGGGCACGCCGUCUUCCCCAUGAUCUACGGCGGGAUGAAGGACAGGAGGCGGUUCCCGGCGGUGCUCCUCGUCUGCUUCGCCGUGAGCACGCUCAGCUACGGCUUCAUGGGCGUCGCCGGGUACCUCAUGUACGGCGACGCGGUCAUGUCGCAGGUCACCCUCAACCUCCCGCCCGGGAAGGCGAGCUCCAAGGUCGCCAUCUACACGACGCUGGUGAACCCGCUGACCAAGUACGCGCUGGUGGUGGCCCCCGUCGCCGAGGCCGUCGAGGCGGCGCUCGGCGUCCGCAAGAGCCGGCUGCUCCGCGCCCUCGUCCGGACGGCGCUCGUCGUCGGCACCGCCGUCGUGGCACUGGCCGUGCCCUUCUUCGCCGACGUCGUCGCGCUCACCGGCGCGCUGCUCAGCUGCACGGCCACCAUGCUGCUUCCGAGCCUGUGCUACCUCAGGGUCCGCGCCAAGCUCGGGUACAAGAAGCCGUGGCUGGAGACGGCGGCCUGCGUGGUCAUCGUCGCAGUUGGCACGGCCAUUGUUGUGCUAGGCACCUACAGCUCUGUAAAGCAAAUCGUCCAGAGGCUUAAGUAG